UCUGCUCAUGUGUCAGAAAAGCUUGCUGAAGCUUGCUUUUUUGCUUAAAAAUUAAAUAAAAUUAUUGAUUAUUUUAUAUUUAAAUAAUACGGGAAUAUUUAUAAAGAAACGUUCUUUAUUCUAUUAAAAGAAAGUGCUUAAUUUCCCUCAGUGUUAGUAAAUCAAAAUGUAGUUUUAUUUCUUUCAAAGUUUUUGUUAUAAAUCCAAUCAUAAAAGCAUAUUCUAAAAAGAGACAUUUUAUUAUUCAGUGUCUGCCUGUGGGUAUUUAAAAGCCAAUUUUUAAUCUCGAGAGAAGAACGAAUAAAUAAACAAUGGGGGAUAUUAAAUCGUUUCUUCAUCAGUGGUGUAUCAAAAAUACCAAAGAACCUCAAUUCGACGUUCGUCCUACAGGUCCGAAACAUCGGCAACGAUUUCUUUGUGAAUUACGAGUGACAGGAUGCGAUUAUGUUGCCGCGGGAAAUUCGACAAAUAAAAAGGACGCACAGGGAAAUGCAUCGCGUGAUUUUGUCAGUUAUUUGGUGCGAAAUGGUUUUGUUAAUCAGAAAGAUGUACCAGGCGAUAUAAAUGCAUUGUCGCAAGUUAAAGGUGCUAAGGAAGAAAUUGACAAUUCACCUCAACUUCCACAAAAAUCAGUAUUUCAAGAUGGCAUGGGUCCAAAUGAUAUUGGACAAGCUUAUCGACCCUAUAAUGAAGGUGGACAGAGUAAUUAUACUUAUCGUGAUCGAAUGGCAGAUCAAAUAAAAGUCGAAGAGGCUGAGGAUGUUGAUGUGAAUUCUGGCAUUCAUGGCAAUUGGACAAUGGAUAAUGCAAAAUCAAAACUUCAUCAAUUUAUGCAAACUAAUAAAAUAACCGCUGACUACAAGUAUACACCGGUUGGUCCCGAUCAUACAAAGAGUUUUAUGGCUGAAAUGAAAAUUCACGUAAAUCAACUGAGAAGAAUGAUUAUUGGUCGUGAAACUGCAUCGAAUAAGCAAACGGCUUCGAAAAGUUGUGCAUUGUCAAUUGUACGACAAUUGUAUCAUUUGGGUGUUAUUGAGGCCUUCAGUGGGACGCUGAAGAAAAAUAAGGAAGUCGAUCAAUUACAGGCAUACCCGGUGAAAAUAAGCGAAGAACUCGAGCACGAGAUUAACGAUGUUUUGGAUGGAUUGCAAAUUAGGCCAAUUAAUAUUCACCAACCACCUCUAUUGAAAAAGGAUGUAAACGCGGACAAAUCAGGCGGAAUAUCACUGGUGACAGAUCACGUUUUAGACGAUUUUAUCUCAAGUAUUCCACAACCAGCUGGCGUUGUAAGUUGGUCGCCACCGCAACAAAAUUGGAAUCCAUGGACCGGUUGUAAUAUCGACGAAGGACCAUUGGCAACAAUGUCACUUGAUCAAUUAUCCGACGACACGAUGAACGUCGAGAGAGACAGAAUGCGUGAAGAUGCAUCCCUCCAACAAAGUAUUAAAGAAAGAUCUCAAUUACCCGUGUUUGCCCGGAAAAAUGAGAUAAUGUCCGCAAUUAAUGACAAUCCAAUAAUAAUAAUUCGCGGUAAUACCGGUUGCGGUAAAACAACUCAAGUCUGUCAAUUUAUCCUCGACGAUUACAUAAUGUCAGGACAGGGUGCAUAUUGUUCGGUGGUAAUUACUCAACCACGUCGAAUAUCCGCCGUAUCGGUUGCCGAUCGUGUAGCAUCCGAACGACGUGAAUCACUGGGUCAAUCAAUUGGCUAUUCAGUGCGUUUUGAAUCGUGUCUUCCGCGUCCUUACGCGAGCGUUAUGUUCUGCACAGUUGGUGUACUUUUACGGAAAUUAGAAGGCGGUCUUCGUGGUGUUUCGCACGUGAUUGUCGACGAAAUUCACGAACGCGAUGUUAAUUCCGAUUUUAUAAUGGUCGUUCUCCGCGAUAUGAUUCAUCGCUAUCCGGAUUUGAGAAUUAUCCUCAUGUCCGCAACGAUUGACACAACAUUAUUCAGUCAGUACUUUAACAAUUGUCCAGUGAUUGAAAUUCCCGGUCGUUCUUAUCCGGUGGAGGAAUUUUUCCUUGAGGAUUGCAUUGAAAUGACUAAUUUUGUGCCCAGUGAGGGGACAAAGAAACGGAAGAAUCGUGAUCGUGACGAGGAAUCGACAGCCGAUGGUGAACCGGAGGAGAAUUAUAAUAAAAUUGUCGCGCCUGGUUAUUCGGCGAGUACGAAAAAUUCUAUGGCACAAUUGCCGGAGAAGGAGAUAAGUUUUGAAUUAAUUGAGGGUUUAUUGAAUUCUAUCAAGGAGAAGAAUAUUCCGGGUGCUGUUUUGAUAUUUUUGCCUGGUUGGAAUUUAAUAUUUGCAAUGAUGAAGCAUUUACAGCAGCAUCCAAUUUAUGGGAGUUCGCAGUAUUUUAUUAUUCCAUUGCAUUCGCAAUUGCCGAGGGAGGAUCAGAGGAAGGUGUUUGAUCCGGUGCCGAAUAAUGUGACGAAAAUUAUUCUCUCGACGAAUAUUGCCGAGACAUCGGUGACGAUAAAUGAUGUUGUUUAUGUGAUUGAUUCGUGUAAGGCGAAAAUGAAAUUGUUCACGUCGCACAAUAAUAUGACGAAUUAUGCGACUGUUUGGGCGAGUAAGACGAAUUUGGAACAGCGAAAAGGACGGGCUGGUCGUGUCAGGCCGGGAUUUUGUUUUCAUCUUUGUUCACGGGCACGUUAUGAGAAAUUGGACGAGCAUAUGACACCGGAAAUGUUUAGAACUCCAUUACAUGAAUUAUCGUUGAGUAUUAAAUUAUUGAGAUUGGGAAGUAUUGGGCAGUUUCUGUCGAAGGCUAUUGAACCGCCUCCAAUUGAUGCUGUUAUUGAAGCUGAAGUUAUGCUCAGAGAAAUGAAAUGUUUGGACAAGAAUGAUGAACUUACGCCAUUGGGAAAAAUAUUGGCGCGUUUGCCCAUUGAGCCGAGAUUGGGAAAAAUGAUGAUUUUAGGAUGCAUGUUUCGAGUUGGCGAUUCAUUGUCAACGAUGGCUGCGAAUAGUACAACAUUCCCUGAGGUCUACAAUAUGGGUCCGGAUUCAAAGAGACUGACUUAUCAGCAGAAAGCAUUUGCCGGCGCAAGAUUCAGUGAUCAUGUCGCAAUGUUGCACGCUUUUCAAUCGUGGGAGGAGGCACGUUCGAAUGGCGAGAUGGCCGAGCAAAGAUUUUGCGAGAGGAAGAAUUUAAGUCUGCCAACAUUGAGAAUUACCUGGGAAGCAAAGAAUCAGUUGCAAGCACUUUUGACUAGUGCAGGAUUUCCAGAAGAAACUUUAUGUCCAACACCAUUGAAUUAUCAAGCAGGAGCGGAUGUUAGACUCGACACUAUUACUGCUUUACUCUGCAUGGGACUCUAUCCGAAUGUUUGCUUUCAUAAAGAGAAGAGAAAGGUUUUAACGACCGAAUCAAAAGCUGCAUUAAUUCAUAAAACUUCCGUGAAUUGCAGUAAUUUCGAGCAAACAUUUCCAUUUCCAUUCUUUGUCUUUGGCGAAAAGAUUCGAACAAGAGCAGUGUCAUGUAAACAAAUGACAAUGGUUUCUCCAAUCCAUUUACUAUUAUUCGGUUCGAGAAAAGUCGAGUACAUCGAUGGUGUCGUGAGAUUGGAUAAUUGGAUAAAUUUGGAUAUAAAACCAGAGUCAGCGGCAGCGAUUGUCGCAUUGAGACCGGCACUAGAGAGUUUAGUUAUUCGUGCAGCAAAAGAGCCGGAGGCAAUUCUCGAAUUAAGUCCCUUAGAGGAGAAAGUAUUUUCAGUGAUAAGAUCACUUUGCGGAAUGAAUGCCUGUCGUCACAAUAUGGAUCCAAUAACGGGCGGUGGAUUUCAACGAAGACCACCAGCAAUGCGAGGACAUCCCUCAUCAUUUCCUAAUGACAGUGGUCCAAUACCAAAAUUAAUGCGAGGAGGAGGUGAAGUAGGAGGUCCAGGAGGACGAGGAAUGGGAAAUCAAGGUUUUCGUGGAAACACUGGAAAUGGAGUUUUCCGUGGCAAUAGCGGUAAUGGAGGUGGCUUUAGAGGAAAUACCGGAAAUGGAGGUGGAUUUAGAGGGAAUACCGGAAACGGUGGUUUCAGAGGAAACAGUGGAAACGGAGGUUUCAGAGGUAACGCUCAACAAAGUGGUUUUAGAGGUGGCAAUAACAAUUUCCGUGGAAAUGGCGGUUUUCAAAAUAAUUUCUCAGCAAGGGGGGGAAAUUUCGGUAAUCGAGGGGGAUUUAAUAGAGGAGGAAGUGCGAGAGGUGGGCGAGGCAGAGGUCGAGGAAGGUUUUAAAUUUCACUAGUUAAAUUACAAAAAUUUGUCUUGUUUUUUUUCGGAUAGCUUAGCGAAUAUAAUUUAUAUCCUCUUGUCGUAAAUUAUAAGAAUUUUUACAGUUAUUUACAGUAGAAUGUUCAUUUUAAAUAUCGAAAUAACUUUCAAUUUUUUCUUCUUCUUAGUUAAUUGUUAAAAAUUUAGCCGAAUUUCCAAAUUUGUUCUAAUUUUUCGAUUUUUUUUUCAAUAUGAAAAUGCAGACAAUUUUUUUAAAGGAAAUAUUCUCUUGCCUUUACAUUUAAUAAUUUCUGUUUUUUUUUAAAUUU